CACGGCGUUCAGGACCCGUCAGACAACCUGGACGUCCACACGGGCCUCGAGGCUCGCCCAUUAUGUCGACGUCCCAUGCGUACGAAGUUGCGCUUUUUGGCGAAUUCUUCUCUCAGGACCUCGCAGCGGUCCUCAAUCGCUUGACGCUCCAUAGCGAAUCCGCACACCAGAUGCAUGCGCGGGAGAUUGUCUUCGAGCCGUUCGACGCGCAGAGCCAGCGGGACGCGGGCAGUGAGCCCAUUCUCCUGCGUGCCCGGAAGGAGCUCCUCGACCCCGAGUCGAAAUGGAUGAUGUACUCGUACCUGAAGCCAGAGUCCCUCCGUGUGCACCCUGAGGCGACCGUGCGUCCCUGGGCGACCUGCCAGAUCGUCGGGGACGCGCUCACGUUCGCGUCCGCACUAGGCUACGUACGCCGUUCCCAGAUAUACAAGAGGGGAUAUGUCUUCAGGCGGGGGAACCUCGUCGUCCAGAUGUUCCAGCAGGAAAACUCGGACCUGAAGACCGGGAAGCCGAUCCCGGCGCACGUUGAUACGCUCUGGGAGGUCGAGGUGAAGACGGCAGCUCCGGUUCGUAACUCGCAGGAGACGCCGCUCAGCCAAUCGCUCGAUGCCGUCCUCGAGGUGCAGCUGCUGAUGAAGGGGUUGCUUGACCUGCGGCGGCAGGAUGUCUGAUAUCGUUCGACCCUUCAAGCGGCCCAAGACCUACAUGCUACUAGCCGCGAACACAUCGCACGCAUUGUGCUGGAGUCUUUGGACCCACUGUUGGACCAAUCCAUGUAUGAAGCCAGGAGCCGCAAUUUGCCUCACUCAAACCCCCGCUAUCCGGCUUCUGGACUGCAUUGGCGAUCAUUGCUUUGCAACUGACAUUCGAGAAGCCUUACGUAGUAGACUGCUGGGUCAAUUGGAGCAAUAGCUCCUGCAGACUUGUAUCAGUCACAUAGCUAGCCGCC